AUGUGUAAUAAAGCGACGAAGCUUGGCAAGAAACGCGAAGUUGGAGGCGAGUGCGAGACCAGAAGCGUCAGGGUGAAGCAGAGGAAGGUGCAGUCGAUGUUUAAGGGCAGCUAUGCCAGAUCACGCGGUUCAGCAAACGAAAACAAUCGCAAAGUAGGUACUCCUGGGGUUUCCGGAAACCGAAUUCCCCUUUCCGCACCAUUUGAGCGCAUGAAAUUGCUAGAUGUCAGCCAAGUCAUCUUUCAUCAAUAUACCUCCCUUCGUUUACGGUUCAAUAGCAAUGAUCGUGCAAUUGGUCACAUCAUUCAAAUCACCUGCAAGCUACCAACCAGGCAUCAUGGAGAGAAAGUAAUGGCGUCCGACCAAGACUAUGUCGUUGACACGAAAGCGGCGCAACUCAAAGCGGAAGAGAAGACUCUGGUUGCCAACCUUUACGCAGCCGCUCUUCACGAGGACAGCAGCUCUGACGAAGUGGACGACGACGAACCUGAAGACAAUGCAGUUCACAACACCCGACGAGUAACGCACCACGAGCCUCCGCAACGAUCAAUGAGUACAAACUACAGAGGCAAUGGAGUCCAAGAGACGCUCUGCCGGCACCCGGACUAUCCCAGCCUAGUACAGGCAGCAGUCAGGCUUCCCCACCCAUCUGACAGAGGUUGGCACGAGCAAUUCGACGAGCUUCCAGAAUCGAACGCUGGUACGACCACUCCUAAUCGUAUUGAUUCCCAAAAGCGCCAGGAGCUUCCUUGGGUGCUGGUCACGGGUAAACCGUAUGGGUUUGAGCGCGGUGAGGGCCAGUGGGAGAAGACGCUUGAGCUGGACUUCUUCUUCCGACUCCUGGACCCGGUCACCAACACAUAUCAGGAGGCUCUUCACUGCUUUAAGUUUCUUAAGGAAAUCCACUCGAACGAUCAACCAGUGGAGGUGGGUCAGGAUGCCGAGUACGUGAAGCUCAGAAGCUGGGGUCGAUGGACAAUUGUCGAGAUCUGCGCGUUGUACACGGCGAUUAACAAGUUCCGCCGUAUCAACGGCGUGAAACAGUCUGUUAUCUGUUGUGCUGAACUAUUUAAUUCUGCGCUGCGAGCAGUAUUGGACGAACUCAAUGCUGCAGGCAACAAGGAGAGGCGAACGGACGUCAUUCGCUCAAUGAUCCGUAACGCCAGCUCCACGAGGUACAGGCCACUUUUCAACCUGGCUGCUGAAUGCGCAGCUAUGCGCGCCAGAAGAGAGCUGCCGAUUAGAUGA